CGUAAUGCAGCUCCUGGUCUCAGCCCCGAACUGUACAGAGCAGCACACGAUUAAGCGCCUGGGCUGAUUAGCUAAUGUAGCCACGGUGCACAUGCUCUCUCCACCAGCCAAUAAGCCUCUCCAGCGAAUUGAAUGUCACAUUAUUGUUUCCUUAUUCUUGCAUAGGGCUGUGUCUGGCUGAGAAGUGAAACUAAAGAAAAGUCUGCAGUUGCUUCUCAAGGAGACAGCCUGUGACUCAUUUUGUGAAAUGGCGGCUAAAGCUUCAUUUUUGGAAGAGGAGUUAUGUUGUCCUGUGUGCUAUGAGAUUUUCAAGGACCCCGUCGUCUUGGAGUGCAGUCACAGUUUCUGUAGAGUCUGUUUGCAGCAGUGCUGGGGGGAGAACAGUCCUCGGGAGUGUCCCAUCUGCAGGAGCAAGGCCUCUACAGGCCACCCUCCCGUAAGCUUGGCUUUAAAAAACAUUGUGGAGUCCUACUUAAAGCAGAAGACCGAGUGUGAGGCAGCAGAGGCAAGUGAAGACCAGUGUCCCCUUCACAGAAAGGAACUUCUGUUCUUCUGUGAGGAUGAUUUGCAGCCUCUCUGUAUUGUGUGUCAGACUUCAAAAAAACACAGAAAUCACCAGAUUUGUCCAAUGGAAGAGGCUGUUCCGGAUCUGAAGAAUAAGCUCAUGACUGCACUAAUUCCUAUUAAAAAAAAAUUAGAGAGGUACACUGCAGUUAAACAAGAGUGUGAAAAAAACACAAAACACAUCAGGAAUCAAGCCCAGCACACAGAGAACCAGAUAAAGGCAGAUUUUGAGAAGCUUCACCAAUUUCUACAAGAGGAAGAGGAGACCAGACUAGCUGCACUGAGGGAGGAAGAGGAGCAGAAGUGUCAGUUGAUGAAGGAAAAGAUAGAGAACUUCACACAAGUUAUUUCCACCAUUUCAGACACAAUCAAGGCCAUUGACACAUCCAUAGAGGGUGAAGAUGCUUUCUUCUUAAAGACCUAUAAGGAUGCUAAGAGAAGAGCCCAGUGCACACUGCAGGAUCCAGAGCUGCUCUCAGGGGCACUGAUAGAUGUGGCCAAACACCUGGGCAACCUGAAGUUCAGAGUCUGGGAGAAGAUGCUGGAGAUGGUGCAGUACACCCCUGUGAUUCUGGAUCCCAACACUAUGUCCCCCUGGAUCUGUCUGUCAGAUGAUCUGACCUGUGUGAGGUACACUGAAGUUGAACAACAGAUUCCUGACAACCCAGAGAGGUUUUUCUGUGGCAUAAGGGUAUUGGGCUCAGAGGGGUUUACUUCAGGGAAACACAGCUGGGAGGUGGAGGUGGGGGAAAAACCUACCUGGACUAUAGGAGUGGUGCAAGAAUCCGUCAACAGAAAGGAGGCCCAUGUAUGCAGCCCAAGGACUGGAUUCUGGGUCCUAUUUCUGAGGAACGGUGAUUACUUUGUAUCUGGAGUUACUAACCUCAAACUGAAGAGGAAGCCCCAGAGGAUCAGAGUGGAGCUGGACUAUGACAGGGGGGAGAUGUCCUUCUUUGACCCCAGUGACAUGUCACACAUUUUCACUUUUAAAGGCAAAUUCACUAAAAAAAUCUUCCCAUAUAUCAAUCCCUUCCGAAAUGAUGAUGGCAGAAAUGCUGGGGCCCUGAAGAUCUGUCCAUUGUCUGUAAGAGUGAUGAAAUCCCAGUAAGUCUGCCAUUAAUAAUGAUGCCAUCGCAGUGAGCAUAUGAUUAAUAGUGAUGUCAUCACUGUGAGUGCCUCAUCUCAGUGAAGGUGCCUGUAACUGAUAUGACCUAUUAAAACCAUUGAACUGGAUUGCAUGGGUCUUUGUAGUAAAACUUUAUUCAUCUAGUAGUCUUUUCACACUUGCAGUGUCCUCUUUUACAGCACCUGCUCUCCCUAGUUUCCUUGCAUGUUGCUAUUGCAGUGUUUGCUGUUCCGUAGUUUUAACUGUUCUGUGAGUCUGUGUUUUGUAUCUUGAUAAUCUUGUUUGUAUGUUUCUUGUAUACACUUUGUGAUGUUCUGUCAUGAAUGAUUUUUAUUUCCUUUAUUUGCUGCAAACACAUUUCCCCAAGGGGAUAAUACAAACUUAAUAUCAUUUGA